CCUUAUUUUGAAAAGAUGGCAGAGAAGUUGCCUGAACUCCAACCACUUACCAUGAUGAAGCCUUUUCUGUCUGUAAUGCAUGCCAAGGCUCACACUGGCAAAUGUGAGGUUAGGUGGGGCGGUAGAAGCCAGGAUGGUGCAGGAAAUACUGUUGGUGAAGAGGUGGAACAGGUCAAUAGCUUUCUUUCAAGGGCUGCUCUUACUACAAAGUACAUGACCAAGUCAGGCAGAGCAGAUAUGAUAACUGUGCUUGCCAUGGCAUGGAAUCGUAGGAAGGAAGAAAGUCUCCACAAGACACUGGUGAAAAGAUUUAUCAAAAGUACACAGAGAGCAGAAAUGGAAGCAGCCAAUCUUGAGAGUCUCAAGCAGGAAUUAAACAUCUCUAUGGAUGAUGCAGAUCAAUGGGUGUUUGAUGUCAAGCAAUGGGCAGCCAGUGAGAGACAAAGUACUCACAGUAGUCAGGAAGAGCUCCAGAGAGAAAUCGAUGAAAUGAUUUAUUCCAUCCGAAGAAAAAAGCAUGAUCUAUAUCGACAAAAUGACAGCAACCAAACAAGGCAACGCAAACGGAGGAGACUAAGUGAGCUCAAAAAGACACUCCAAGAGAAGAUACUGCAGUACAACACCCUUCCUGGCUGUGAAGAGAAAAUUGACACAAAAGCAGCAUGCUGUCUCUCAGAUGAUUUUAUUCUACCUUGGGAAGCACAAGGAGAUGUGGUGAGUCUCCGCUUAAAGAGGCAACUGUUUGACCAAGUCAUGCUGGUACGGCGCAUGGAGGAGGAGAAGAUAAUAAUUGUAAAGGAGAUGACUCAGCAUUAUCAACAUCUAAAAAAAAACAUUGGACAAACUGGACAUCCUCCUUCGGGAAACUAAAGAGGACAUCAAGAUCCACAAUCCACAUCGAGAGCUGACCGAAGAGGGGCAAAGGGGGCUACAUUGCUGUAUCUUACACAAGCAGCACAUUCUGCAGCAAAAACUAGCAGCAGUCACCAGCACCUAUGGUAGUGUCAACACAGACCAUUCCUUCAUGCUAGAAGAAGAUGAUGAAGAGGAGAGUGAGGACAACAGCAGCCCACAGCUUUCUGAAGAAGAGUUUUAAAGUUUU